AUGGCUGCGCCUCAGUCUCGGCCUCAGACUCGAGCAGCAUCGGCUGCAACUUCAACAACGUCGAUUCCCGGUCGAGAAAGUAUCAUCGAGGCCGGAGGUGGAGCAGAUGUGAUGGCGGUCGAAGAAAGACGACAUGAACAACAGCAGCAGCAGCAGUCAUCACAGCGGGAGAAGACAGUGUUUGGCACAGCAGCUGAGUCGUCGAAAUUGUUUGGCACGGGCAAAGGAAUACGUGAUGGCACGCUUUUGUUCGGCGACGGGGGUCUGAAUCGAGAUCCGGAGAAAGAUGGAGAGGCUGAUGCUGAGGGAGAGGGCGAUGAAGGUCAAGAGGGAGAAGAGUUGGAAGAAGACGACGACGAAGAAGGCGAAGAUUACGACGAGGAUGAUGAUGUUGAUAACUUCUCCACAUCUGAAAUCGUCACAGUCUACGUCGGCGUCAAGCGCAAGCGAUUCUUCCUCCACCGCGAGCUCAUCUGCCAACGAUCACCGUUCAUGGACAAGUGUCUCAAGAAAAACCGAUUCGACGAAGGCUACAAGAACGAGCUCUACCUCCCCGAAGACGACCCGAAAGCGUUCUCGAUCAUCGUCGACUGGAUCUACCGCACCAAACUACCGCUGCGAACCGAGCCGUCAUUCGACCUGUCCGACAUGUCCGCGGCAUACUGCAUGGCCGACAAGUUCGGGAUGGAGGAACUCCAGAACAGCAUCAUGGACAGCAUCCGCGCCAGUUUCGGACGACGCGAAACCGAGUCCUGCAAGACGCCCAAUUUCUCCGCCCUCGCGCUCACCCACCUCACUGGCCCGCACAAGUCGCCUCUCAAACGGUUCUACGUCGAACAUCUGGUGCAUCACAUGAUGAAACAUCCGAAAUGGUACCAUGACCUCAAACGUACCGAGCCUGCCCGCGUCGAUAUGGAGGAGCUGUUCAAGAUCCCCGAUCUGGUCUUCUAUAUCAUGAAGAAGGUGUGGCAGUUCACCGCGGAGCCGUGGAAGGAUCCCGCCCUCUGGGACAAAUGCUGUUAUCAUGUUCAUGCCACCACGGUCUGUGCGGCCAGGGCUGCUGCCGUGGCGGCCAAGACUGGGUCGUCUACUGCAUCGACGUCGGCAGCUGCCGUGGGCGCGGCAUCGAGACAUAACCAUAAUCACCCGGGAGUCGGUUUGGCUGGGAGUCUGCAUCCUUUGAGGACCAGUCAUGGCGCCUGGCCGUCGACUAUGGGGGUCUGGAACAAUCCGGGAGUGGGAUGGUAG